CAGAGAGUAAAGUAUUGGGUCUGUGUUUAUGUGUUGUUCGCUGCUGUGUUUGAUCGGUGGUGUUAAAAUUAAAUGAAUUUGACUAUGAAAAUAGAGUUCAGUCUUGUUUUUGUAAAAGAUUAAUAUAAUUUCAGCCAUGUUAAAGGAUAAAGGCCAAGUCACCUUCGAAGAUAAAUGGCCCACGAUGCGUCCUAUAGUUUUGAAGCUUCUAAAACAAGAACCGGUAACACAAAUAGAAUGGCAAGAUCUAUUUGGUGCUGUUCACUCAGUCUGCUUAUGGGAUGAACGGGGACCUUAUAAACUGAGAGAUGCUCUCCAACAGGACAUUAUGAUGUAUAUCAAGCAAGCCCAAGCUCGCGUGCUGGCUCAAAGAGAAGACCAGGCCCUUUUAAAGGCAUACAUAGCUGAAUGGGGAAAGUUUUUCACGCAAUGUAAUUAUUUGCCUACACCGUUUCGGCAAUUAGAAAAUUCUAUAAAUAAUAUCAGUAAGGUCACUAGUUCUAGUACAUCAAAUUCGCAGAAGAAAAAUAAUAACAAUAACAUAGAGGACAGUCUCGUUCGGAAACUCAUGUUAGAUUCUUGGAAUCAAAGCAUUUUUAUGGAUAUCAAACAAAGACUCCAAGAUUCUGCUAUGAAAUUAGUACAGGCAGAACGUAAUGGAGAAUCAUUUGAUUCUCAACUUGUUAUUGGUGUCAGGGAAUCAUAUGUAAACCUGUGCUCAAACCCUGUUGACAAGCUGCAAAUAUAUAGAGAUAAUUUUGAAGCAGCCUAUAUGCAAGCUACAGAAGAAUUUUAUAAACUAAAAGCUAAUGAACACUUAUUAUCUAAUGGAGUGCAGUCAUAUAUGAAGUAUGCUGAUCAGAGAUUAAAAGAAGAGGAAGCUCGAGCUCAUAGAUAUCUUGAACCAGGCAGUGGUAGCGUGGCUGCUCUCACGCAGUGUUGUGAAAAAGUGCUUAUUGGAGAACACUUGCCUACAUUGUUGGCUGAAAGUGCACCGCUAAUUAAAGCAGGACAGACAGAGAAACUUCAACUUAUGUUUCGUUUGUUAGACAGAGUGCCAGAGGGUGUGACACCAAUACUUCGUGACUUAGAAGCUCACAUAGUGUCAGCAGGGCUAGCUGACAUGGUAGCAUCUGCUGAUAUCAUAACUACAGAUUCAGAAAAAUAUGUUGAGCGCUUGUUAGAUCUGUUUAAAACUUUUAGCACAUUGGUUAAGGAUGCCUUUUUGGAUGAUCCACGGUUUUUAACUGCUAGAGACAAGGCAUACAAAUGUGUUGUCAAUGAUACAACAGUUUUUAAACUAGAAUUACCUUCCUCAGCUUUAAUUCGUGGUAGUAAAGGGACUGCCCCUGAAAGCAAAUGUCCUGAACUUCUUGCUAAUUACUGUGAUAUGUUGUUGCGUAAAACACCAUUAAGUAAACGGUUAACUAGUGAACAAAUUGAAUCCCGACUUAGGGAUGUAUUGUUAGUAUUAAAGUACAUAGAGAACAAAGAUGUAUUCAUGAGAUACCAUAAAGCACAUUUAACUAGAAGAUUGAUAUUAGAUUCUAGUGCUGACUCUGAAAAAGAAGAAGAUAUGGUUGAAUGGCUUCGUGAAGUUGGUAUGCCAGCAGAUUAUGUGAAUAAAUUGGCUAGAAUGUUUCAAGAUAUUAAGGUCAGUGAGGACCUUAAUACACAAUUUAGAGGUGAAACCACUCGCCAUGAUGCAAUAAAUAUUAAAAUCCUUAAUGCUGGAGCUUGGGCCCGAGGAUCUGAAAGAGUUACUGUGAGUCUUCCUUUAGAACUUGAAGAUUACAUACCUGAGGUGGAGGAGUUUUAUAAGAAAAAACAUUCUGGUCGUAAAUUGCAGUGGUAUCAUCAUAUGAGUAAUGGCACCAUAACUUUUGCCAAUUCAGUGGGUAGAUUUGAUUUGGAUGUGACUACAUUUCAAAUGGCAGUUCUAUUUGCAUGGAAUCAAAGACCACUGGAAAAAAUAAGCUAUGAAAAUUUGAGGCUUGCUACAGAAUUACCAGAUCCUGAAUUAAGAAGGACUUUGUGGUCUUUAGUUGCGUUCCCUAAGCUAAAAAGACAAUUAUUAUGUUAUGAACCAACUGUUCAAAAUCCAAAAGACUUUGCUCAAAACACAACAUUUUGGAUUAAUCAAGAGUUUGCCCUUGUCAAGAAUGGAAAACCACAACGAAGGGGUAAAAUUAAUUUAAUUGGAAGACUACAAUUAAGUACUGAAAGGUCUCAGUUGGAAGAUAAUCAUUCUAUUGUACAGCUAAGAAUUUUGAGAACACAAGAAGCAAUCAUCAAAAUAUUGAAGAUGAGAAAACGUAUAACAAAUACUGCUCUCCAGAGUGAGCUUGUUGAAAUCUUGAAGAACAUGUUUUUACCUUCAAAGAAGAUGAUAAAAGAACAAUUAGAAUGGCUAAUUGAACACAAGUACAUGCGUCGGGAUGAUGAAGAUAUCAACACUUUUAUAUAUAUGGCCUAAUAUGCUUUAUCUCAAAUGUAAAUUAAAUCAAAUAAAUUAUUUACUCAUAAAA